CUGCCGCUAACCAAAAUGGCAGGAGCGCCUAGGCAAGAUUUACGCAGCAUGGAAAUAAAGACCAAGUCAAUCGAGCAAACAUUAAUUCCUUUAGUGUCUCAGAUAACUACUCUAGUCAAUGCUAAAGAAAAGCCCAUUAAGUCCGAGAAAACUUUACGUGCCAUUGUACGAGUUGGUCAAGCCGUCAAUUUAGCAGUUGAAAGGUUUGUGUCCGUGGGGGAAGCUAUUGCAGAUGAUAAUCCUGAGAUUAAAGUUGACAUGUAUGAAGCCUGUAAAGAUGCCAGGGCUGCAGGUGGUAUGAUUGAACAGCUAUGCGAAAUACAACGAGCAGAUGUUGGACAAGCUCGUCACUGUGCUGAUAAAAAUGGUAUGGUUCGAGCUGCACGGGCUCUCCUAUCAUCAGUAACACAAGUGUUGAUAUUAGCUGAUACUGUUGUACUCAAACAACUACUGAGUGCAAAAGACAGAGUGUCUAUUAGUUUGAACAGACUGGAAAAUGUGGCUAACUUUACAGAAUUUGUGAAAGCUUUCAGCCAGUUUGGUACUGAAAUGGUUGAAUUAGCUCAUUUGUCUGGAGAUAGACAAAAUGUAAGUGUGUUUGGUAUAUUACGAAAUUUAUUAAAGAGAUACACACUUGUUAUACAUAUACUCUUUCAGACAUGCCUAAGACAUCCAGAAUGUGAAACUGCCCGAGAAAAUCGAGACACUGUGUUUCUCCAGAUGAGAAGAGCAAUGGAUCUGGUUCAUUUUGUUGUUAAAGAUGGAGUCAUUCCAGAUUUAGCUCCAUCCAGUCGAGGCACAACAGAAUCACGAAGUAACAGUGGUUCCUGUUCUAAGCAUAGCAAAAAAUCCAAUGUUGUUGCAUGGAAGCUACAGGAUCUAGACCAGUGCCUCACUGUUCAUAAUGCUAUUAAGAAAUUUGAGGAUAUUGUGGAAAUGACACGAAUGACACUGGUUGGGCCUGCCUACAGAGACCAGUUGACAAGUGCCUUAGAUGCAGUGGUGGAGCGCACACAAGACUUCACUGACUCAGCCUACACUUCUCAUGAACACAGAGAAAAGAUACUUCUACUGUGUGAUCGUGCUAAACUAGAGCUAAACCAACUACUUAGAAUAGGUGUAGGACUUGACCAAGCAGGCUCUAUCUCACCAAGUGAAGAUCUUGAAGCAUCCAUUCUUCAAACUUUAAGGGCUAGUAAAGAUCUUAAACAACAGCUACAAGAUACUGCCUUGGAUCAUGCUGAUGAGCUUUUCAAAGUCACAGAUGAGGCUGAAUUUAUGAGCCAACUAAAAAAUGCAGCUAUUGCUGGUGACCAGGACAGGUUAGAAGAAUUUGCUGAAAAAUUCAGUGAGCAUGCCGACCAUGUUCAAGAGGUUUGUAAACUGUUACACCAUGUUGCCAGCACAGAAUCUCUACAAGUUACCUCAAAAAACUUGGAUUAUUGCUUGAAAAUUUAUGGAGUUCAGGUGCUUAAUGCUUCUCACACUUUGUGUUUGCAUCCAAAAAGUAAGAUAGCCAAAGAAAACCUUGAUGUUUUCAUGGAAGUUUGGCAGUCAUUAGUUAACGAUGUAGCCUCCAUUUCUUCAGAAAUAGCAGAAUUGUGUCGAGGAAGGAUACCCGAGAAACCAGUUUACAUGUCACUUCCAAGACCUGGUAGACAUGGCACUACUAGUAAGCCCUUGAAGCCAGUAAAGCUAGACAUGGAGGAACAAGCAAAAAUUGCUAAGCUGGGUCUUGAAAUGAAACUUCUUACAUCUGAAAUGGAUGCAGAAACAGAAAAAUAUUCAUCAACGGACAACAAUGACAUAGUUUUUAGAGCACGUAACAUGUCUCAAAUGGCCUUUUCAAUGUACCAGUUUACUCGUGGGGAAGGAGAUUUGAAAACAACUCAAGAUCUCUUCACUCAAGCAGAAUUUUUUGCAGAGGAGGCAAACAAACUUUACAAGUUGAUUCGUCACUUUUCAUACCAGGUGCCAGGUGGCCAGCAUAAAAAGGAACUCUUGGAUUACCUUGAUAAAGUGCCCACAUUUGUCCAACAGUUACAGUUCACAGUAAAGAACCCUACUGUAGGGAAAGCAGCUACUUUUACUAAGGUUGACAAUGUCAUACAGGAGACAAAGAAUUUAAUGAAUAUAAUAUCUAAAGUGGUAACUACUUGUCUUGUAUGUGCAACAGAGUUCAACUUGGACUUCAGAGGCAGUAGCAGUACUAGCCGCUCAAGAAACACUUCACCUUAUCGUAAUGAACUCGAUGAAUAUACUUUCACUGAUGGACCCAACAGUAUAGCAGGAAUGCCCUCAAAGGAAGGGGGAACUAGUGUUUCUGAUCCAAAUAUAUGACAGUUUGGGUUGGGCCCACGAAGGGCCAGAGGUGACCCACGUCGCACUCGCGUGUCUUUUUUACUCUUUUAGGGUCAAAAUUCAAACGAAAUCAGUAAAAUAAAAUGCCAGGUUCUUAGUGACCAGUCUUCUAAGAGCUAUCUCACUAUAUCCUAUAUAUUAUAAUUUUGUGCUUAUUCUAGUCUUGUAUCAUAUUUAGUUAUUUUCUUUGGUCACAUACAAUAUCCAAAUUAAAUUUAAGGUACUAUUUGAAUUAAAUUUAAUAAGUUAUUGUUUAAUAAAGUUUUUUUAAAUAAUUAAAGUGUUUUCAGUUUACAGUUGAAAAGCUGUGUUUUAAAGUUAGUUAGUUAACCAAGAUUAUCCAAACACCCUGAACAUUUUUAUAACAUACCAACUUAUUUGUCAGUAUUCCACUGUAAUAUAAUACUUAGUUUGUAUUUUUUAAUAGAAAUGUUUUUAUUUAAUUUUAUGGAAAAGUUUAUAUUUAAAUUUG